AUGAACCCCUACCAUGAACCCCGACCAAGAACCCCGACCAAGAACCCCGACCAAGAACCCCGACCAAGAACCCCGACCAAGAACCUCGACCAUGAACCCCUACCAAGAACCCCCACCAUGAACCCCUACCAAGAACCCCGACCAAGAACCCCGACCAAGAACCCCGACCAAGAACCCCGACCAAGAACCCCGACCAAGAACCUCGACCAUGAACCCCUACCAAGAACCCCCACCAUGAACCCCUACCAAGAACCCCGACCAAGAACCCCGACCAAGAACCCCGACCAAGAAACCCGACCAAGUACCCCGACCAAGAACCCCGACCAAGAACCCCGACCAAGAACCCCGACCAAGAACCCCGACCAAGAACCCCGACCAAGAAACCCGACCAAGUACCCCGACCAAGAACCCCGACCAAGAACCCCGACCAAGAACCCCGACCAUGAACCCCUACCAAGUACCCCGACCAAGAACCCCGACCAAGAACCCCGACCAAGAACCCCGACCAAGAACCCCGACCAAGAACCUCGACCAUGA